AUGCGCGUCUACGAGGACACCCUGAGUGUGCUGUGGGACGAGGAAUGGAAGCUCGACGAUGAUAGUUUUAGUUCCGCAUUCGCCGAUAACAGUGACGACGCCACGACUUCUCUGUCGACGUUUAAUGCCUUGGGCGGCUCGAAGAUCGUCUCGGCCGCGGUAACUAUGGACCUCCCGUUUCUGGCCUUCCGGGCUCGCGAGGAGGCCGUGGCCGAGACGUUUGCGCGCACUUAUUCGUGGGUCUUCAACCGCGAGGCUCGUGUGCGGUCUGGCGCGCCCAUAUACUGGGUAACCGGCAAACCCGGGUCGGGCAAGUCGAUCCGGUUGGCCCUCUUCAUAGACCGGCUGGACGAGUUUGAUGUCGCGCCAGUCAAGGUCUUUGAGAUGGUUGACGUAAUAGCACGCAAGGGGGGCGAUGGCAUAAAGUUGUGUGUGGCCAGCCAGCCGUGGACCGAGUUUGAUGACGCGUACCGCGACACCGUGCCGGCUUUGCACAUGCACCUGCUGACAAGGGAGAUAUCACUGCGUACGUGGGCAAAAAGUUUGACGCGUGCCGGGGCGGUCACCGAAAUCAGGCAUAUCUACCCAGACCGGGCGCGGCAGCUCGAGGAGGGCGUCGUCACCCUUGUUGUUGGCGCUCUUGUUGAGUCGGCCACCGAGGGCAGCAGCAUAGCAGAGCUCGAGGCAAUGCUGGACGCGCUGCCCGAAGACAUCCGGGCCCUCUACGACGCUAUAUGGGCACGCAUCUUGCCGCGUACCCGGCGGGACGGUUUGGCCAUGAUUCAGCUGGUCCUGGCGGCCCGUGAGCCCCUGAGUAUUGUGGAAAUUUGGCGUGCCAGCGAGAUCAGGGCGGGCAUUCAGCCCGUCGCCAUGGCCAACACACUGGGCGACGAGCUGGCCUCGCAGACGAGGGGCAUCCUGGACCUGACGAGCGAGACCUACGUCGGCGACCGCAUCGACUUGACGCACCGCACGUUUGACCCGGCGCUUAUCCUGCUCAAGGUAACGACGGCAAAGAUGAUUUAUGCUAGCAACAUUAGAGACGACGACGCCACCGACACGGCCGCCCUUGUGAAGACGCUAGACACCUUUGACGACACAGCGCAGCAGUGGGAUUUCUCGGUGCUUCCGUACAUCCGAGCCAAGGCGCUUGCCAAUCCGCGGCUGCUAGUAUACAAGAGUUACAAGCACGAAUUCUCGGUGCCUCUCCUCGAAUGCGCCAUCCUCGGCUACCGCCGCUUGAACCCAGAAAGCUGGACGUACCCCGAAUCACUAUGCAUACUGCCCGGGAGGAGACUCAAGACUGUCCGGUUUCUGUUCAGCAAGGGCGUCAGGCAGCAGUGGGGCCGUGAGAAUGCAAGUGUCAAAAAGUCUUCGUGA